AUGAAGGCAUUCACUCUCUCUGCUUUGAGCACUCUUUUCGCUGGCUUGACGCUGGCCCACCCUGUCGAUCUCAAGGCUCGCCAAGGCGGCUUCAGCGAUGUCGAUAUUACUAUUCUUCAGUUUGCUUUGACCCUCGAACAUUUGGAGAACGAGUUCUACCGCAGCGCUUUCCGCACUUUCACUCUGCAGCACUUCCUUGACGCUGGAUAUGACCAGGAUUUCUUCCUGAACUUGCAAUUCAUUGCUGCUGACGAAGCCGCCCACGUCGAGACACUCUUUGGCGCAAUUCAGUCUGCUGGCGUCUUCCCUGUUCAGCCUUGCCAGUACAACUUCCCAGUCACUGAUGUCCAAUCCUUCGUCACUUUGUCCGCCAUCCUCGAGUCCGUUGGCACAUCGGCCUAUCUUGGUGCCGCUCCCUUCGUCGGAAGCAAGGACAUCCUCGGCAUUGCUGCAUCAAUCAUGGGUGUUGAGGCUUUCCACACCUCUCUCCAGCGAAACAGCCUUGGAGCAAUUGGCGCUCCUGACCCAUUCGCCACUCCUCUCGGAGCCAACGCUGUCUUCACUCUUGCUGCUCAAUUCAUUGUAUCUUGCCCAUCAAACAACCCUGCAUUGCCAUUCACUGCUUUCCCCGGUCUCGCAAUUUCCGACAACAAGAACUGCUUCCGUGAGAACAGCUUUGAUGGCCAGGCUCCUCAACGUGGUCACGCCAUGUCCCCAAGCCGGCCACCUCCACCACCACCAGCUGGCGAGGCUCCUCCCCCACCUCCAGCUAACUUGGCUGCCGUCUCAUCGGUCGUCAGUGAGACCAGCACCGAGAGCGCUACCGCUUCUGAGACCAGCUCCGCGAUCGAGACUACCCUAAGUGCCGAGGCCUCUGCCGCUGCCACGACCACCACUGCUGCUGAUGGCGCGGCUGCGACCACCACCAGCGAGACCACCACAUCUGAGACUGCCGCCCCCACUGCCGCUCCAGAGCGACGAGGCCUAUCCACCCGCCAGAACAGCCUUGGCUGCUCUGCUCCCUUUGGUGGCUCUUCCAUCAACUUGAUUCCGGAUUUCGGUAAAUCUCGACAUGACUUCAGCCGCAUCGUCCAGGUCUUUGUUACCUUCGUCUCUGGCUUCAACGUCAUCUCCGUCGCUGCGCAAUUCAACCGUGGAGGUAUCAAUGUCAACAUCCCCACUGGAAUUGGUGGCCAGGUUUUCGUUUUCAUCACCAUCGUCGACAUCACAGGCCGUCGGCUUAGUGAUUCGGACAUCCUGUUUGGACCCGCCAUCAUGGAAGUUGCACCCAGAGUCCCUACACUUAGCUUUUAA